AAAUGAAUUGUGUCACACACGCCCAUCUAGUCUGCAGUAUACUUCCUUUGCUGAACUUCACUACACAGCAGAUACAUGACUCAACUCAGCAACACGGCCUCUUCAUGUGCAGCUCAAUGGAAAAUGUGGCUUAUCAAGGUUUUCAGUGUCAUGUGUUUCACUGCUAUUUGUGCAGCAGCAGAGCCUCAAGAUGCAAUCACUGCCGUGACGAUAAACUCCCCAACCGAUUCCAGCACAGAGCUGAUGGAGACUUCAACUGUUUAUGAGCCUCCCGUGCCAUCUCUUCAGCUGCAGUCAACCUGGUUGGAUGUGUUCCCCUCUGAGAAAGUGGAGUUCAGUUGUCAAAUCAGUAACAGUGCUGACUGGGACAUCAUAUGGCACAUAAAUACGGCUCCGGUACCAGAUGCAGAUCCAAAUUUGUCUGUCUCUGCAGACAAAUCAGUGCUUACAGUCAUUGCAGCAACGCAAAUGUAUUCUGGAAGUUAUUCCUGUAAAGGUCAUCACAAAACAAAGGGCGUGCCUACUCAAAGCAGCAACUCACUUGAAGUCAAAGUUUAUGCAAACAAGCCCAAGCUCACUGUGAGCCGAAGCCCAAACUUUGACAAGAUGUUCCCCGGAGAGUCUGUCACCUUCACAUGCACGGUCGAUGCAUCCUCUGGAUGGGAAUAUCUUUGGUACCAUAAUGGAACUGAAACAUCCAUUUCUCCUAAUUAUGUCAUAAAUUCUAUAGUUCAUUCUAGUAGUGGGCAGUACACCUGCAAAGCCAAGAGGGGCAAAAGCCCAUUCUUCACAGAGGAGAGUGGAACAUCUCUGCAGGUCUCUGACCCACCUACACCAUCUCUGACGCUGUUGUCUCCCUGGUUGGAUGUGUUUGAAAAUGAGACACUGGCGUUUAACUGUAAAGUUAAUGACUCUGGCUGGACGUACACCUGGUACAGAAAUCAACAGAAGGUCAAGGAGGCCGUGGGUGGAGAUGGAUCAUUUUUCAACAUCCCUUCAGUCACUCAAGCCAGUCAAGGAGCCUAUGCCUGCAAAGCUCACCUUGAAUCCAGGAGUGUCAGCUCUGGGUUCAGCAACACAGCUGAUGUCACAGUUUAUGCAAACAAGCCCAAGCUCACUGUGAGCCGAAGUCCAAACUUUGACAAGAUGUUCCCCGGAGAGUCUGUCACCUUCACAUGCACGGUCGAUGCAUCCUCUGGAUGGGAAUAUCUUUGGUACCAUAAUGGAACUGAAACAUCCAUUUCUCCUAAUUAUGUCAUAAAUUCUAUAGUUCAUUCUAGUAGUGGGCAGUACAGCUGCAAAGCCAAGAGGGGCAAAGGCCCAUUCUUCACAGAGGAGAGUGGAACAUCUCUGCAGGUCUCUGACCCACCUACACCAUCUCUGAUGGUGCUGUCUCCCUGGUUGGAUGUGUUUGAAAAUGAGACACUGGCGUUUAACUGUAAAGUUGAUGACUCUAGCUGGACGUACACCUGGUACAGAAAUCAACAGAAGGUCACGGAGGGAGAUGGAUCAUUUCUCAAUAUCUCUGUGGUCACUCAAGCCGAUCGGGGAGCCUAUGCCUGCAAAGCUCACCUUGAAUCCAGGAGUGUCAGCUCUGGAUUUAGCAACACAGCUGAUGUCACAGUUUAUGAUCACACACCAAAACCAACAAUGAGCAAGGCCCCUGAUUUUAACCCGAUGUAUGUUGGAGAAACAGUGAUUUUCACUUGCAAAGUUGACAUGUCCUCUGGGUGGAACUAUCACUGGUACAAAGAUGGACAUAACCUGCCACAUGACUCCAGCAACUCCAUCAGCAUCCCUCUUAGCCUUUCUGAUGGGGGGAGCUACUCUUGCAAGGCCACCAGAGGUGAAACAACAUCAACAAGCCACAGUGCAGAAAUAAAACAAGCUGUUCAUGAAAUUCCUGUUCCAUCUUUGAAGAAAAGGACCCAGUGGUUGGAUGUGUUCCCCACUGAGAGUGUGACAUUGAACUGUGGGAUGGAGGGCAGCUCUGACUGGACAUAUACAUGGUACAAAGGUGGACAGGAAGUCCAGCCUGAUAACACUGUGACAUUUGACAAGAAUAGAGCUACUAUUUCUAUCACUUCCGCUUCAGCUAAACAUGCAGGAGAAUAUAGCUGUAGAGGACACCUCCAUGACAGGUCUGUGAACAGCAGCUCCAGUUCUGAACUUUCUCUCACAGUGUAUGAUACAAAACCCAUUGUCACACUGAUGAAGGAUCCUGAAUACGAUGUGAUGCACACUGAAGAUUCAGUCACCUUCACCUGUCACAUCAACGUCUCUUCUGGAUGGGAGUACCUGUGGUACAAAGAUGGCACUCCACUUGCCGAGUCUGGAAAAAAUUAUAGCAUCAGGACUGUUGAGAUGACAAACAUUGGAUCAUAUACAUGCCAAGUUAAAAGAAAAAUGAACACGGUCUUCCAGUCAGAUCAGAGUCAGGCCAUAAGACUCAAUAUUGAAAAGCGCCCUCAAGCUAAUAUAAUCUUGUUAACUGGCUGGUCAGAGGUCUUUGCCACUGACAGCUUGGUGCUUAAAUGUGAGGUGCAGGAAAGCCAGGACAUGUGGAACUACACAUGGUUCAAAGAGGAACUAUUAAUCAAUAUGCCACAUUCUGAGAGGCAUACGGUCACACCCCAGGAUGACCCAGAGCAGAGCCGGUACACCUGUCGUGGGAGUCGCAGUGGGAGACCAUCUUAUUCUAAAACCAGUGAUUCUUUCAAGACCAAGAAUCUUCUUUUGAAGAGGAGGGUGCUUCUUUCCAUCUCUGGCUGUCUCUUCUUCGGCCUCAUUGUCGUCUUCCUCGGAUGCAUUUUCCUCAAGGUCUUCCGCAAACCAGCUGACGUUGAGGACAAGCUAGAGGAGGACCUGUUUCUCACCAUGGCUCAACUAAAGGACCGUGGUGAUGCACCCUGUCCACUAGUUGAGUACAUCACUGAUGCUGAAUUGAAUGCACCAUCUAAAGAAGCAGAUGAGAACGGCACGAUUAGUGAAACCACACCACUGCCCAUAUCCACACAGGAGGACCAAGCUGUGAUGGAGAACCAUGGUGCAGAAGAAAACAACGGUGGGCUGGUUUCCUUCAAACAAUGAGUCAAUGAAAAUGUUCGCAUCUUUGUAGCAGAUAAUCAGCCUUGUGAGGCUUUAAAACCAGCGAGACAGUUUUGCUGCUGUGCAAUGCUUAUCACUAGUGUAGCAAAAAAAAAAGGAGUAAAGUUUGGUUUAUGAGUGGCACUGGGUGGAGGCAAAACGCUACUUAAUGGCCAAGAUAGGAUAUAGAAGAUUCGCUUGUCUUACGUAGAGCUCAGCUCUACAUAAUCAGACUUUCAGUAUCAGUUGUGCUUUGACCAGAAAGCUAAUGUUUUGAGGUUUACUAUGUUAAUAUUAGUCUUCAAGUACACCUGAGAAUCAUUGGGCUUAUUUUACAGAAUGACUUUUAAAGGGUCUUUGUUUUAUAGGCAUCGUGCCAUAAACUUUGUGGACAGGUGGACAUUUUAAGUUGUCUGCUGUACUAGACAAAAGCUGAAAAAAAUCAUUAGAAUGCAUUGUCUCAUGCCAGUGUUGGCACCAAAUUUUAUGUUAAUUCAUCAAAUACUUGAUGAGAUAUUGCACUCUGGAGUAAUGGACGGUCAUUGCAAUAUAACUGUGUAUAGAGUUGUUUUUCAUAUAUUACGUUACUUGGUUGUACAGAACUUGUGGUAAUUGUACAUUUAUUUAAUUGGCAUCCUUGUAGGCUAUUGAUGAACUGACUGUCAAAAGUACUGUUAAAA